GCAAAUCAACCAAUCAAAACCCAUGAACACUAAUCCUACAUGGAAUGCCCACGUCCACCAACUCAAGCUUAUAGCAUUUGCAUUCUCCACUACCACGCCAAUCCUACUUCUAGCUAGCCACAAAAGGUUUCAUUUCCGGCGACCCAGAAAAUGGCUUCUCUGGCUGCAUCCACUGCGGCUGCCUCUCUUGGCGUGUCGGAAAUGCUCGGAAACCCUCUCAACUUCAGCGGUGCCGCCAGGACAUCAGCUCCAACGGCCUCCAGCCCCGCCACAUUUAAGACUGUUGCUCUCUUCUCCAAGAAGAAGGCGGCACCGCCUAAGUCAAAGCCUGCUGCUGUUUCUCCUGCCGACGAGGAGCUCGCCAAGUGGUAUGGUCCUGACAGAAGGAUUUUUUUGCCGGAAGGCCUCUUGGAUCGAUCCGAGAUCCCAGAGUAUUUGACCGGAGAAGUUCCUGGAGAUUAUGGUUACGAUCCUUUUGGGCUUAGCAAGAAUCCAGAGAACUUCAGCAAAUAUCAGGCAUACGAGUUGAUUCACGCCCGUUGGGCCAUGCUUGGAGCUGCUGGAUUCAUUAUCCCAGAGGCCUUCAACAAAUUUGGUGCUAACUGCGGCCCUGAGGCUGUCUGGUUCAAGACGGGAGCACUACUCCUUGAUGGGAACACAUUGAAUUACUUUGGGAAGAACAUCCCCAUCAAUCUUAUUUUUGCUGUCGCUGCUGAGGUUGUUCUCGUUGGUGGUGCAGAAUAUUACAGAAUUAUCAAUGGCUUGGAUUUGGAGGACAAGCUUCACCCAGGUGGUCCUUUUGAUCCAUUGGGGCUUGCAAAGGAUCCGGACCAGGCUGCAAUUCUGAAGGUGAAGGAGAUUAAAAACGGUAGACUUGCAAUGUUUUCCAUGCUGGGUUUCUUUAUUCAAGCUUAUGUCACUGGAGAAGGACCUGUUGAAAACCUUGCAAAGCAUCUCAGUGAUCCUUUUGGAAACAACUUGCUCACUGUUAUUGCUGGAUCUGCCGAAAGAGCUCCAACCCUGUGAUUUUAAAGUUUUCUCUUGCUCUGCACUCAGCUUAGAUGUGCAUUAAUUGUACAUGUCACUGAGAUAUUCUCAAAUGCAUUUAACCUUGAUCCUUGAACUUGAAAGUUGAAUGUCCGGUUGUGUUUCAAUUAAUUUAUAGAGACCGAGCGUUGUUCACCUUA